GUCACACUGCCCGUUCCAGUUCCAAACUUCUCCAGAUGUUCACAUACAGCUCUGUCAUGUCUUUCCUUCCUUUAAUACCAGGGAGAACUUCCUCCAUGCCCCUAUACACUCCUUAUAAAACUUCCCACUAAUGCCCCUGUCUAUUAGUUUCUCUCCUCCUUAAUUCCCAGGAAAUAUCUGCAUCCUCCCUGUCCCCUCCUCCCAUUCUCUCCACCCACACCCUCUCCCCUUCCUCCCUCCCCCUCUUCCACCUUCUUUCUAUUCUGCCCUCUCUCCCAUCCCUCCUCUUCCCCUCUUUGUAUUCUGCUCCUCUUCCUCACCCUCCUUCCUCUGCACUCCCUCCCAACUUUCUAACUCAAUAUGGCGAAAUCCUAUGAUCACCUUUUCAAACUCCUUCUUAUCGGGGACAGUGGAGUGGGGAAGACCUGUUUGAUCGUGAGAUUCUCAGAGGAUAGCUUCAAUAGCACCUACAUCUCCACCAUAGGUAUUGACUUUAAGAUCAGAACAACAGAAAUCCAAGGCAAGAAAAUAAAACUACAAGUUUGGGACACAGCAGGACAGGAGAGGUUUAAAACUAUCACCACUGCCUAUUACCGGGGAGCCAUGGGGAUCAUAUUGGUUUAUGAUAUCACGGAUGAACGAUCCUUUGAAAAUAUUCAGAACUGGAUGAAAAGUAUUAAAGAGAAUGCAGCCGUAGGCGUGGAGAGAAUGCUUCUUGGCAAUAAAUGUGACAUUGAAGUUAAAAGGAAAGUUCCAAAAGAGCAAGGGGAGAAGCUCGCGAAGGAACACAAUAUUCGAUUCUUCGAGACCAGUGCGAAGUCCAGUCAGAAUGUUGAUGAGGCUUUUAAUACACUGGCCAGUGAUAUCUUAUUGAAAAUUACCAAGAGAUCGGCCCCAGGAGCGAAAGAGGUCGACUUAAAGAGCUCCACGAAAAAAAACAGCAACAAGUGUUCCGUAGUCUAAAAGUGCUGAUUUUAAUGGGUGCUGAACCCCUUUCUUUCAUAUUAAGACGAGGGGAUACACCAGACUUCCUAAUGAAAGGAAACACAAAUUGGCCCGCUAGUUAUUACAGCUUUGUACAAACCGGAUAAGCUCAUCGCAUUCGGGAGGUAUUACCCCAUUGUCCUCUCCGUCAGCCAAACAUUUAAUUUGGAACCUCUCUUCCUGAGAACCCAACUAGUGACUCUUGUGGACCCAGGCAAUGAAUAGGAGAGAGAUGAGGAUGUAAUGCAGACUUUUAAAGAUCACCAUUGUGAAAUAUAUAUAUAUACAAAUCUGGUAGCAUUGUAAACCAUUUGUCAUUCUUUUUGGGAAUAAGUGACUUGAGCAUGGUCAGAAUUUAAGGCAAGUGGGGGACCAUGAAAUGGCAAUCAAAAGGUUUAUAUGGAAUAAGUAUUAGUGGGUCGAGGUUGAUCUUUCUUUAUAAACUCCAUGGGUAACGUAACACUAAUAUUUUGGAGAAUGGGGUACACGUGCCUUAAAGCCCUUGCCUCAGAUAUUUAUGAGGCACAUUCUUGCAGUCUGGCAGAUAUUCUUUAUUUGAAAUGACAAUGAUCCUGUAAUAUGGUGGAGAUAUAAAUAGUGAGGGUUAGUGGAAUGUGGUUGCUUAGGAUGUGUUAGAAGGUGAAGAAUAUUGAGGAUGUAGUAAGAGGCCAUCAAUAUUGUGGAGGUGACAGACAUAAAGGGAGGAAGUGGAAGUGAUCAGUAUUAAGGAAGUGAUGACUAUAAAGAAUUUAGGAUGGUGGGAGUAAUAUGGUAUAGAUGGAGGAGGAAAUUUGUCUAGAAGAGGUGAUUACUAAAGAUUUAAAAGGAUAUGAGAUAAUGGUGGAAUAUCGAGGACUUAGGAGGAAGAGAUGCAUAUUGAG